AUGUCACCAGCCAUACGCCUAUCGACCGUCGAGUUUCGAUCGCUCCUCUUACCGCCGAUUAGAAUCUCGCUCAAGUCCCUACAAACGUUUCAUCGCCCGCAAUAUGCAGUCUGCGCCGCCCGUCCUUCGCAAUGCGUAGAGCAACGCCGUGCGCUCAAUCUCUACAAAACUGCUCGGUCCCUAACGGUGCUUGGACAACACAAGGUCCUUACUUUUGACAGAUACGACGUGCAAAAAGCGUCACCAAGAGAAGAUUCGACGCACCGCAUCAAUCUAUACGAGGCCAAGAAGAACUUGAAUGACCACAAGCUGAUAGCGGAAAAUAUCUCGUUGAAGACGCUGUACAAUAAGCACAUGCGAGAUGGACAGUUGCUCUAUUGUUUGAAAGGUAUGGAGAAGAAGACGAUACCGAAGAUACGAGCAGACCCGGAAAUAAUUGAGGAAUAUCGGAACAUGGCUCUCUUGAAAAGCCAUACCCACAGCGUUCCCAUCAAGCACGCAACAGCGAUGAACAAGUUCAACAACCUAGGACCUCUAAAAGUCGUCAUAUUCACCAUAGCGUCCCCACCGGACUAUGUCAGGAUGUGCAUGGAUCGCGCAUACCAAUUUCUUGAGAAUGGCUGCCCUGUCGAGAUGCGCAUACGAAUGCAGAAUUCAAAGCUCACCAAGGAGGAGAGAAUCCGGGCAGGCGAUCCUGAAGUCUGGCCGUGGGUACACGCCCGUUUCCCGCAUCUACGACCGGACUUUAUUCUCAAGUCGAUGCCUGCAGGAGCAUAUUACCUGGUCGACCCGGUCAGUGAUGGACGUAUCGUGCAGUGGGUCAUGGCGAUGCCGACCAAGAAUCAGACCAAAACGGAAUAUACGAAGCGGCUGUUUACAGUGAAGCGCUCAGUGGAGAUGUCAAUCGAAAAGGGCCAACAAGCCAUGCUGCCAAAGGUCAUGCGUCAGCAACUAAUGGAGACGGGCAAUCUGAACUACUCGCAAAACACGGGGCUUCCCAAGGUGCAGGCUCGGAUGAAAUAUGCUAGUGGUGGGGAUGUGACGUAUGGUGGCGAGGAGAAGAAGUGGUUGGCAAGAGACGCAGAGACGGACAAGUUCUUGGUGCCAGACACAGAAGAAGCGCUUCAGCAGCCGCUCAUCAGGUAUGAGCCUGUAACGGUACCAAAGGAAGGUAGCGAGCCGUGGAGGCAUCGGCGCGGAAAGACCAGGAGGCAUUAG